GCGGCCUCAUAAGCCUCGCCGUCUCGAGUAUUGAAUCUUGAAUUCUCAGCGUGCUAUACCGGGAUCGGCCCCCGGACUCGGCCGUAACAAGCUCGGCCUUCGCAGUCGGGAAAAUGCCGUAUCCCGGGGGCCUUGCACUACCUCUCUUCCGGUGUAUAAAGGGAGCGUUGGGUCACCAUAUUACUACCCGUAUAAACACCUGUCCACCGAGUAAGACAUAGCACACAACUUCACAAACACCACCUUACCCGGCUUUCACACUGCUCCCUUGUCGCUUUCGAACAUUCAUCAUGGCAUCCGCCGUCGCAGACACCCUAGAGGCACUGUCCGAGACGCUGGCCAAGGCCGCCGAGGACCUCCGAUCGGGUAGUCUGUCGCUUGAGAGUGACAACUUGCAGCGGAUGGGCCUGCUCAAGGCCGGCGGCGACCUCAUCAAUGCCGUCAGUCUUCCUCAGGACAAGAUUGUGCUGUGGCUGCCACACUUCGCCCACAUGACUGCCAUUCGGCUCUUCAUCAAGUGGAAGGCGUUUGAGAAGAUACCCAUUGACGAUGGCGCAACCAUUUCGUACACGGACUUGGCCGCAACGCUGGGCGCCGACGUGUCGCUGAUCACACGUUUUGCCCGAGUCCUCGUGGCGAACGGCACCCUCGAGCAAAUCGGAGGUGACUCGGUGGCCCACACAAAAUUCUCCAAGGUCCUCACCACUGCCAACCCCAUCUGGGCUAUGAUGCAGCUCGGAUUCGACAGCCAGCUCUCCGCGUGGGUAGCCAUGCCCAAGUACUUCGACCAGUACGGCAUCGCGGCGGAGCCAAAGGACCGCCUGCAGACGAUCCUGGCCUUCGCCGAGGGCAGCCUCGGCUCCACCGUCUGGGACAUCCACCACUCCUCCGAGGAGCGCCUCAGGGUCUUCAUGCUCGCCAUGGGCGUCAUCGAGGAGCACAUGCCCGCGCUGGGCGCCUACGACCUCAGCUGGGCCGUGGAGGAGGUCGGCAAAUCCGCCGACCGGCCGCUGGUGGUCGAUGUCGGUGGAGGCAGGGGACACGCGCUCAAGGGUAUCUGGAAGGCGACCCCCGGGAUUCCCAGGAACCGCUGUGUGCUUGAGGAUCUGCCCGAAGUGGUGGAGGCAGCGAAGCGGGAGGACCCUGAGAUGGCUGAUGUCCAGACGGUUCCUGUGGACUUUUUCAAGGAGCAGCCUGUCAAGGGGGCCCUGGUUUACUACAUUCGUCGGUGCCUGCACGACUAUUCGGAUGACGAAUGUGUGGUGAUGCUGAAGCACCUCUCAGGGGCCAUGGCACCCGACAGCAGACUGCUGAUCGUCGAGACGAUGCUCGGAGACCAGCCAUCGGCGUUCCAAGCGGCGAUGGAUCUUUCGAUGCUGACCAUCUCAGGCAAGGAGAGAACGCGGGCGAACUUCGAGGAUAUUACCGGCAAGGCGGCGCUCAAGAUCACCAAGGUUUCUCAGAUUCCCGGGGGUAGCGCUGUCAUAGAGUGUGCCUUGGCUUGA